GGCGGGGUCGGGGAGGCUGCGGGAAGGCGGGAUUUUCGCAGGUGCUGCAAGAGGGCGGUUCGCGAGUCUCCCUCCCUUCCUCUUCUCCCUCUCUUCCUCCCUCCUUCGUCGUGUGGGCGAGGCGAGGUCAGGGCUUGGGGAACACGCGCUCGGCUUUAGGACAAAGGACCAGUGCUGGCCAGAAUGGCUGGCAACCAUAACUUCUAUAUUGGUCUGAGCUUGGCUAUCUGCUCCAGCAUUUUCAUUGGUUCGAGCUUCAUCCUAAAGAAGAAAGGACUUCUUAAGAUUGCCAACAGGGGCUCUAUGAGAGCAGGUCAUGGUGGCCAUGCAUACCUGAAGGAGUGGCUGUGGUGGGCUGGACUAAUAUCCAUGGGAAUCGGAGAAGCUGCCAAUUUUGCUGCCUAUGCUUUUGCCCCGGCCACACUAGUAACGCCCUUGGGUGCACUGAGUGUGUUAGUCAGUUCAGUUUUGUCCUCUUCCUUCUUGAAUGAGAAAUUGAACAUUCAUGGGAAGAUUGGCUGUAUGCUCAGUAUUUUGGGCUCAACAAUGAUGGUGAUCCACGUGCCCCAGGAGGACAUGAACCUCACCUUGGCCGAGAUGUCUGAGAAGUUGCGAAGUCCAGGAUUCAUUGGCUUUGCCAUUUAUGUAUUGGUCACUUCCACUACCCUCAUCUUUGUGAUAGGACCUCGCUAUGGCCAUAGUAACGUCCUGGUGUAUGUUCUGAUCUGCUCCUCAGUUGGUUCCCUUUCUGUGUCGUGCGUUAAGGGUUUGGGCAUCUCCCUGAAGGAGCUCAUUUCAGGGAAGCCUGUCCUGAAGGAGCCCCUUGGUUGGGUGCUUUUGUUUUGUCUGGUGAUUUGUAUAAGCAUUCAGGUCAACUAUCUGAACCGAGCUUUAGACAUUUUCAGUACUUCGAUAGUUACUCCCAUCUAUUAUGUCCUUUUCACCACAGCUGUUAUGACCUGCUCUGCCAUUCUCUUUAAGGAAUGGCAAAAUAUGGACCUAGACAGUGUCAUUGGCACGAUCAGUGGUUUCCUAACCAUAGUUUUCGGUAUUUUCCUUCUUCAUGCCUUUCGAGAAAUCCCUUUUUCUCCUGAUCUGAUUUAUUUUUCUCAGAGGUCAUGUUCGGGUAAUAACCACUCUUCUCCCCAGAGGGAAAGUGGAAGGCAAAAUCAGCCUCUCCUAGAUGAAGAUGACCUCAACAGAGAGUUCCAGAAUAUUGAGGCUGAAGAGGUUGAAAAUCUGUGA